UAUAGCACUCGAAUCAUUGAUUCAUUCCUGCACCUGUUUGCUGAAGUGAGCUUCAAUUUAAUUUUUGUUCAUCUCAAAACAACAUGCUUAGCUUUUGUCUCCUGUUCUUGUUGUGUGAGAGUACAGUGAAAUCCUGGGGUUCAACAUGGCCUUCAGACUAUAUUUCUCUCCAGGGAAGUACUACAGCUACAGUGACUACAGAAGGAAAGCCAUCUGCUCUGCAGCUGCAGGCCACACCGGACUACCCCGUUGCAGCAGGUCAGAGGGUCGACCUGCACUGCAGCGCUCUCACCAAGGCGAACUAUGUCACCUGGGCCUGGGACCGUCUGGAAAAUCAGACCUGGCGAGAAGUGAGCCACGGCCAAGAUCUGACCCUCACCGAGCCGCAGCAGAGCGGACUUUACCGCUGCCGUACCGAGAGCAACUCAUCUCAGAGGAACGUGAGCCCUGACCAUAUGGUCUAUAUCAUCUCCGUGCAUGCGACAGUCGGAGAGAAAUUAGGAAUAGCGGCGUUCGCCCUCUCCCUGCUGUCCUUGAUCAUCAACCUUACUAUUCUUUUUUGGCUGGGCUGGCAACGACUUGGCGACAUGUUGACCACCUCCAGCCCUGCACCUAAAGGUGUUGCUGAACCUCAAAAGUCACCAAAGGAAGGUUUGCCAAAGACUGACAGUGACGGAGACGUGUAUAUGAAUUACACAAGCACCAACCAUGCCUACACUGAUCUGGACCCCACCAACGUGGCUGAGGAUAAUGUGUACUCAAGUCUGUCAUGAACAUCGGUGGGUGGGUGGAGAUGUGCAAUAAAAAGACGAGCAGACUAGAGUUAGGUAAUAUCUGCAUAUGGAGCUCAGCAUUGCCUUAAACCUGAUAGAUGAGGUUUUGCAUGUACAGUUGUGGUGUGGCGUGUGUGGAUUUCAUUUCGCACACGCAAUUUAACACAAUCUGAAUGUGGUAAAACGCACAGACCUGCAGUUCUAGCAGGAAAACUGUUCCCACCAAACACUAAGACCCCCUUCUCUCUCUCUUCUCUCUGUGCACGUACAGGUUUGCUAAAAUUUGUGUGUCUGAAAUCGCAAGUACUGUUGGGUAGAUGUCUCCCUGCUUGUUGAUACAUCUGCAACUUCUUAAUCGUCAUGAUUCAGUAAACACACAAAUAAAAUGUUAAUUGCAAGA